AUGUCCGUUUCCUCCGCAGACGCCAACGGGUCCUACUCGCCUCACAGCACAGUCAACGGGACGCCCACGCCCUCGCCGCCAGCGCUGUCUUCGCCCCCACGCACGCCCUCGACGCUUCCGCCGCGGCAGAGCGGGCGCAAGGGACACCACCGCCAGAUCUCCAAGGUCCGGCGGUUCCUGACGACCCUGCACCAGUUCGCGGCCGACAUCUCGCCGGAGGUGGGCGACCGCGUGCGCCACCUCGUGCUGGGACUGCUGAGCGGCGGGGUCAGCGUCGAGGAGUUCCACGGAGGCCUGCAGGAAGUCACGCAUUUCCCUCUUCGCCCGUUUGUGCUGCCGUUCCUGCGCUCGCACCUGCCCCUCCUGCAGCGCGAGCUCCAGAGCCUGGCUCGGCGGGCGUCCAUGCCCGUGUCGCAGUACGUGGCCGUGCACGAGGCAGCGCUCCUGGAGGCUGCGGCGGGCGAGCCCACCGAC